AUGGGAAGCUUAAGUAUGGAGGCUGUUAUGGAGGAAGAGGUUGAUGGAGUUGAACAAGUUCAGGAAGUUGGUGGUGAUGGUCAAGAAGUGGAAGUUGGUGAUGAUGGUGAACAUGAAGGUGUAGAAGAGAAUGAAGUUGAGGCUGUUAUGGAGGAAGAGGUUACUGGAGUUGAACAAGUUCAGGAAGUUGGUGGUGAUGGUCAAGAAGUGGAAGUUGGUGGUGAUGGUGAACAUGAAGGCGUAGAAGAGAAUGAAGUUGAGGCUGUUAUGGAGGAAGAGGUUACUGGAGUUGAAGGUCAAGAAGUGGAAGUUGAAGCAGAUGUGGAAAUCCGAAGCUGGAAUUCCUCUUUUGAGAAUGGUAGUGGUGAUGGAAAUAAUGAGUGGUUGGAGGGGCUUGUUGAUGUCAAUGUUGGUUGUGAUAUAGAUGAUGAUAUACAUGCAGAUUUCGAGGGAAAUGUGGAAGUGGAAGUCCAAAGUAUGUCAAAUGACUCUAGUGGACCAUGUUCUAGUGUGAGUUCUGACAGCAUGUUUGAUGUUAACGUGGAGGGUGAGAAUGAUAGAGGUUUGUCAGAUGAUGAGUGGGAAUCUGAACAAUUAAUUAGUGGAGCAGAAAGUGAUGAAGACGAUACCGAUGUAGAAGGUUAUGGGACUUUUACAACAUUUGUGUUGCCAAAAAGUAUGGUUGACUUUAAGUGGGAAGUUGGGACAUAUUUUGCUGAAAAGCAAGACAUUUUGGAGGCUAUCAAAAAUUAUGCGUUGGAUAAUGGAAGAAAUAUUAAGUUUGUUAAGAAUGAUAAACAAAGAAUUAGGUUGAAGUGUGUGGGUACAAAAGGAAACUACCCUUGGAAGUUAUAUUGUGGUUAUAUGAAGGCAGUGAAAACAUGGCAAUUGAGAACAAUGGUGGACAACCAUACCUGCAGCAGGGAGUUCAACCUUAAAUUAAUUGAUGCCAAGUGGUUGAGCAAAAGGAUACAGAAAACUAUUAGAGAUAAUCCUACAGUUAAGGGUGUGGAUAUAAGGGAAAAAGUUCAAAGGAAAUGGAACAUUGGUAUUUCAAGGUGUAUGGCCUAUAGGGCCAAAAACAUAGCAACAGAGCAAAUUGAUGGCUCUUUCAAAGAACAGUAUAAAAGGUUAUAUGAUUAUGCCCAUGAGUUGGUGGCCAAAAAUCCUGGGUCAGUAGUGAAACUAAAGGUUGAGGAUGUGGGGGGUAAAGUCGUUUUCAAGAGAUUCUAUGUAUGUUUAAAGGCUUGCAAAGACAGUUUUAUGUCAUGCAGGCUAAUUAUUGGUUUAGAUGGAGCAUUUUUGAAAGGUAAGUACGGUGGUGAGUUGUUAACAACUGUGGGCCGAGAAGGGAAUGAGCAGAUGUUGCCAAUUGCAUACUGUGUGGUUGAAGUUGAGAACAAGGAUUCAUGGAGGUGGUUCUUGGAACUGUUGGUAGAUGACCUUGGAGGGGCUGAAAUUUGUUCUUCAUUUACCUUUAUAUCAGACCAACAAAAGGGUCUACUUCAUGCAAUAGAUGAAUUGCUUCCUAGAGUUGAUCAAAGGUUUUGUGUGAGGCAUAUGUAUGCCAACUUCAGGAAGAAAUACCCUGGUAAAAACCUGAAGCGUUUAAUGUGGAGGGCAGCUACAGCCACACAUCCACAAACCUGGGAGAUGGAAAUGAGAAACAUAAGAGCAGUGAACGAAGAUGCUUAUAAGCAUUUGAUUGCCAUCCCUCCAAGGUUAGUCUUCAAAAGUAUUGGUCAAGAUCAAGGUUCACUAAAAGAGCUAAAUCUGACACCUUAG